AUGCCGGAACCUAGCUCAAUCCUGCCUGACAAUAAGAAUGACGUUCCCACAAAUCAACCUACACAGCACCACAACACUAGCAACAUAACUAUCACCAACCCCCAUCAGAAACCACCCUGUGAAGAGAUGAAAACGGGUGUUGCUAAUGAUGAUGUAGACUGGCUAUUUCGUGGGAAAUCUAAAAAGAUUGUCAAAAAGUUGGCUUCGAGUAAUGAACAACAGAAGGAAGCCAAAGUUCAAGAAGCUAAUGAUAAUGGUAAGCAUGCAACACAGCGAGGAUCAGUAUCAGAAAGGAAGAAAUCACAAGAUGAUGACCAUACCCACACAGCAAAUGGCACCGCUCAAUCGCCACCACUGCAACAAAGAAGACGUUCUAGUGAACGUACUGAUCAAACAACCCCAUCCACUCCACCAGCGCACAAGACGAGGUCAAAUGAAACACAAGCUACAUCUGAUGUACCAGAAACGUCUGUUACACCUUCUGCAGCUCCCACAUCUGCAACGUCUGCAACCCCCCAAUCUGAAAAGUCAUCAAAACUAGAUCGUUUGAUUGGACGCUCUCGAUCUUCUUCUGCAUCAUCUGUGCAACAGGUAAAGACACAAGCAUCGCAGCCACUAGCGUCUUCCCUUUCCAAUAGCACAAGACGUAGUAACAGCUUUAAUUUUGUGCUGCCUUCACUAACCAGUGACUUGGUGUAUAACGACCACGAUGAAGCAUUGGUUUCGCAGAAAUCUGCUGGUUCCUCACCAGCCACAUCCUCGCCAGCAUCACCUGGUGUAACCCGUUCCAAUAGUGGCAAAAGGGGUUUAUUCAGCUCGUUAUCCUCGAAAUUCAAAAGUCUGUCUUCUACAUCACAGCAGCAGCAACCACCGCAACAUCCACAACAACCAGCACAGGCUUCUGCUUCCAAAUCAACUGCUCAAACCCCAGUGUCUCCAAAGUUGAACCCAAGUUUGAUUGGAUCUGGUGCAAAUCCAAAAAAGCAGGAGGAUUUAAUUUCCAUGACUGACAAGUUACCAGCAGGUAUGGGUAUUCCUUCGCGUAGGAGAAGUUCAAGUAAUUCCAAACCAGGUUCUGGGCUGUUGUUUAAAGAUUCUUAUCAAGAUGAGAAUCCAUUAAGUUCAUCACCAAACGAAAGUCGGGGUUUUUUCAGAAGAAGAUCUUCAGCGGCGCCGCUUUCUAGAACAGCCUCGGCUCCGACAAAACCACAACGACUUGUCUUGAACAAAAACAAGGAUAGAAAACUGCUUCCUUUAAAAGACUUGAAGGAUGUCAAACUUCGUCGUGUUUCCUUUGCUAUUGAUAAAUUGGAGUAUGAUCCUCAACAGCAAAUCCCUUCUAGAAGACCCAAAAAGGGUAAUGUUUUGAUUCCCCAAGAUCUUAACGCCCCGCCUCCAAGAUUAUGCUUGGGUAUAGCUUCAAGCGAUGGGGGUAAGGACAAUCAAGGACAAGCUCCACAAUAUAGUGAGAGAGAUGUGGCAUUAGCUCUUGAUGCGCAAAAGAGAGCCUUGAGUGAGGCCGAAAAACAUUUAUACGAAGCACACUUGCAAGCUAAGAGAAUUGCUCAGGAAGUGGCUAAUUUCAAACCAUCAAAAUCAAAGCUGAAGGAUGGCAGCAAUGUUGGUGAAAUUGAGGAAGAGGAGGAGAUUGAUGCCAAAGUCAGUCACCGGAAAUUGGCAAAUGAUGCCCAAAUCGAUCAGCCAUUGCAUGUACAUGAGCAACAUUUUGAUGACGACUUGGAGCAAUUGGAAAAAGAAAUGACAUUGGAGACAAUUUACACCAGAUGUUGCCACUUGAGAGAGAUUUUACCAAUACCGGCCACUUUGAAACAAUUGAAAAAUAAAGAAGCCCCUUUGGAAGUAUUGAAAAUGCUUAAUCCAAAACCAACUUUGAUUGAUAUCUUGUCGUUUUCGGAUUUUAUUGCCAUCACACCCAUCAAUGCGGUAAUCCUUGACAAUGUUACAAUGACUACCGAAAUGUUGAAAAUUUUACUAGGGUGUUUAACACACAACAAAGUCUUGGAGAAGCUUUCAUUGCGAAAUGUAGCCAUUGAUGAUCAUGGGUGGAGGUUGCUUUGUGCAUUCUUGGCGCAGAAUAAGACAGUCAAGAAGUUGGACAUUUCCCAGCAAAGAAUCAAAUCAGAUACUAGUCCUAAUUGUAUUAGAGGUAAUUUGAAUUGGAGCUUAUUCACCCAAUCGAUUGUAUAUAGAGGGGGGAUUGAAGAGUUGGUCAUCAAUGGAUGCAAACUAGCUGAUGACAAGUUUCAUGAAUUGGUCAACAAAGCAGUCAAGAUUGCAACAAGGAGGUUAGGUGUUGCAUCAACUGAGAUGAAUUUAACUAAAGCACAAAUCGUAGCUGAUUAUGUCAGUGAUCCCAAUGCAAAUUGUGUCGGAGUUGAUAUUGCAUUUAACGACUUGAGUCAAGGCCAAUUGCGUCCUUUUAUUGAUACAUUCAACCGCGGUAACGAUAAGUUGAUGUUUCUUUCAAUUAAUUCGACUAAUUUAACUGACGUUAAUGAGACUGCCAAAUUUUUAAAGAGUUUGAUCAAUGUACGAAUGUUGCGGUUUUUCGACAUGAGCUCGAUUCCAAAUGUAUUUCCUGAGAUUAUUGCAUCGUUGGCGGAAUACUUACCUCAGUACACUAACUUGAGAAGGCUUCAUUUGGACUUAAAUGAGUUAUCAGCACAGGCAAUUGGAUCUAUUUCCAUGUUUUUACACAAGGUCCCUAACUUGGUUCAUUUGUCUCUUUUGGGAAAUCGCAACUUGACUCAUUCGGCAGCGGCAACUUUAUAUUCAGCUGUCAAGGCAUCGUCAACUUUGUUUGCAUUGGACCUUGAUUAUGAUCUAGUCAGUGAUGAAUUGUCGCAACGGAUUGCGUUUUACCUUAUGAGGAAUAUGGAUAUGUCCUUGAACACGCAAUAUCCUAUGACAUCAUUAAACAAAGAGGAGGACCUUAUGUAUGAUGGUUCUUUGUUGAUGGAAACUGCUGAAAAGUUGUUGACAGAAAUGGAUCAUUCUGGGAAAAAGGAAGAUUAUAAAAUACAACAUAUUGUGUCCAAUGCUAUGCUUGAUAGGACAAGGGCAAUACGAAAAGAUAUUCACAUGGCAAUUGACAACUUGUUUGCCAAAAGAUCGAGCGGACAAUUGUCAUUCGAAGGCAAGGAGAGUCUUGUUAGAUUCUGUUUACUAGAUUCGUCAUUGGAAAAAAUACUACACACAUUUGAAGAGCACGCGCAAAAGCUGACCCCCGAGGAUGGAGAAUCAGAACAGCAGCAACAGCAAGAUCAGCAACAGUGUGAACCAGGAAGAAACCAAACUCCAGAGAUUAAAGUUCAUCCUGAGGCUGAUUCGUUACAUCAAAGUUCAAAUGAAUUAAUCAGUGCUGGUCCGAUAUUAUCGCCAAGAGCGUCAUCCUUCCAACCUGUGACAUCUUACUUUACCAAUAAUGAUGUAAACUUGACUCCUCAUCAGGUUGUUGUUGAGUCCAACGAUGAAGGUAAGGAUGUUAUAAUUGACAAAUUCACUGGCCGUCCAGUACUAAUGAGAUCAGCUAGUCAAAGUAGUAUUCAUGCCAAACAACAAGAGAUUGAAGAAGGUGAGUUUCACAAGCUCGGAAUCUUUAUGCAACUGAGAGAAAAUCCAACUGAGACCAAUGGCGCCAGCGGUGAAAAUGGGGAGAAUUGUCCUCGCAAAGGAAUCCCCUUGUUGAAUUCAUUGCCCUCUGGAUCAGAAUUAAGAGAUGCCAUCAUUGCUGCUAAAGGUAUUGAAAAUGUUGAUGACUUGAUUGACAAGAUCAAUAAUAAUAAAGUUGGUCUUGAAAUUUUAGAGAGGGGAAAGAAUGAGGAGACAAAUGGGCGUGUACAGCAGGAACAACAGCAGCAACAAGAACAACAGCAACAGCAGAAGGUGACUUCCACUGUACCAAUUCAGCAGGAUGUUGCGCGCAGGCCUAGCUCAGACGAGUCAAAGGAUGAAACGUUGAAUCCAGUAGUGGAUGAAGUAUAUGACAAGUUGUUAAAUGAUGCUGAACGUGUGAGACAGAAACAAGAGCCACAUUACUAA